ACGCCUUCUUCAAGCCUCGAGUGCAUCUUACAUCGAAUAUGGCAUACAGCCAUGCCGGCAUUCAUCCCUCGUCGUAUUGCAAAUAUACUAAGUGAAGUACGGUAUAGUGCAUGAUCAUCUCAAUACCUGGUCACGCUUACUUGUUAUGGAUGCCUUCUUUCGUUAAAGCCAUCGGCAUGAGAUCACAGCAAUUCCACAUUUCAUGGACUCGUGCCCGUGCUUGGCUACGGCGCUGACAUAUUGGAGAGAUAUCAGCAGGUCGCAAACCGCAGGGAACUUAUUGGGGACUUAUCGGUGUACAUUUUGUCGCUAUGUAAGCAACGCCGUGCCGCUUGGUUUACCAUGGCCUGCUAAUAUAAAUCUUUUUUACUUACCCGAACUUUCCUCUUUCCCCUACCGUUCAAAGAUGAUCAUUUAAGGACCGCAAGGCAUACAUCAUCUCCCCCAUUCCCUGGAUGAAUUUUUACUGGAACAGCACACCCAUGCCAGAUCAACUCGCGGAAAAUCAGGACGUCCUCGACGACGACCUUCAUUGUACCUUCGUAAACCCACUCGGCAGCCACCUCGGCGCCAACCACAUGAGACCUCAAGGUCACGUUCAAACACAACAAAGAUAUAACACUGUGACUAGUCAUCGCACUCAACCGUCUGUUGGCCCUCCGAUGUCAGGCGAUUCACCAAGUAGCGCUGACCACAACCGUCGCAACUUCACACAGGGUCAAUACUCAACACAACCUGUUUCCACAUCCAUUUCCCAGGUCUUAGCCAUACCACCGCCACAAAUUGACUACUGUACUACCACUAAUAUGCUUCCGAAUUAUGACUCCUGGAAUAAUGUAUCGACCCUUCACAGCACCCAGUACCAUAAUCCGGUGUUAGGAGGUGCCAGUAUCGGGCACUCUUCUUCUCCUGCGAUAGGAAGCGGCUACUUUUCCCCACCGACAUCCCAAAAGGUGUAUCCAAAUGGCCCCUCUUCGCACUCCAUCAUUUCCUCGCAAUAUACCAUAACCAAUAAUCCGCCUUUCGUCUUUGACCCUAAUAUGUCCACCUCCGAUUUUUCGCCGUACAAUACCUCACCACAUCAGUGGCAGACUCAUACCGUCCCUCAGCCAGGACCUUUAAGCCUACCCCUCACGCCUGUGAUACCUCCACCACAGGCUGCAGAAUCUUCACACUUUUCAUUUGUGAUGCAGCCCCAUGCAGUUCAUGGCGAACAAAUGGGCUACCCUUUAAACCAGCCACCAAUCAAUCAGCCCUUUCCGUCCCCGCUGCAUAGCCAUCCCUCGUCUCCCCUCAUGUCCUGCCAAUGGCUGAGCGACGCCGCUAUACACUGCGGAUUUAUAGGAACACUGAAGGCAUUAGAAUCGCACUGUAAGAUCGUUCAUCUUUCUGGACCAAGGAUUGCACAAAUAGAAUGCCACUGGGAGGGUUGCGAUUACCACAGCCGCGAUGACCCCGCGGUUCGCGUCAUGCGACGCGACUGCAUAUGGCGUCAUAUUUGUGAGGUACAUUUGAGGUUGAAGAGGGGUAGGAUCUAG